CUUUUCGCUCGAAAGAAACAACUAUGGUACAGAAUAAUGGAUUUCUCAAAAGAAAUUAUGAAGCACUUAGACUCAACUUCUAACUUGUUCAACAAUUGUCCCAGUGAGUUUAAUGACAUGGAAGAUGUCGUGUAUGCCGUUGAAACAUCAAACGUUUGCUGGUCCCCUGUUCUGAAUGAUGAUAAUUCUUGCUAUCUGGCAACGGCUCAAAAAUCUGGAAUAAUAUUAUUUUGGUUACUAAAAUAUAACAAUAAUGCAUUUGAAACAACAUUCUAUGGCAGUAUAAAAAAUUCUAAUGAAAACGAAGUAGCUUUAAUGGUUUGGAUACCAAUAGACAAAAAUAAAUUUUUACUCAUCAUUACCAAUGAAAUUGGCCAAGUAUGGGCUAAUGAAUGUGAAAUACUUAAUAAUAAUGUCACACUUGUCAAGGAACACAGCUUAUGGACCUAUCAAGAUAAAAUGAUGGUAACUUAUUUUGAAUAUGCAUUCGAGAAUGAAAAGCUAUUAAUAUUUUUUAACAAACAUAGACAUUUGAUAGUACAAAUGUAUGAUAGUAAUUUUAAUUUAUUAUCUCAAUCUAUGGAAAAUGUUAACGAUUAUAGAAUAACCUCAAUUAUAAAAUUCAAAAAGAAUUUUUAUUUAACCACAGUUAAUACAAAAAUGUAUAGCAUUGAUUAUAACAUUGUAAAUAAUACUGUAGCAAUAAUGUUGAACCUUUUUGAUAUUAAAGAUUCCUAUACAUCAUAUGAACUGUAUGGCAUUGGAUGUUCAUACAAUCAAGUUUUGUUCGCGCUCGCAAUGAUUGAUCGAAGAGUUUUAUAUCGGAAAGAAACGUUAAAAAUUGAAUUAAUCUUUCUAUGUCAGGAAUUAGAUAACGCUACGACAGCUAUUGUGAAUAAUCCAACAAAAAAUUUAAGGAAAGUAUGGGAUUAUAUUGAAGUUUUAAGAUGUAAAAUAGUUAAAACAAAGAAAUUACCAGAGAUAGACUAUGAUAAGUUAUUAAAAGAUGGUGAAAAUGAUGUGUAUAAACUGAAAGUUUAUUUAGUUUUUUUAUAUUUUUAUCAAAGUUUGGAAAGUCUAAUGAUCACACAUUUGAAGGGAAAACUUCCAGAAACUUGUACCGACGUUAUAAAGGACAAAAUACUAAUGUUUCAGUCAAUUAAUGUUAUUAAUGAAAUUAGUGAAAAAUUUAAAAAUAAUGGUCAGUUAAGUGAUUUUGAACGGGAAUGUUUUGCAUGUAGCAAAAAAUAUCUUUAUUAUUAUUGUAAAAUGUAUAAAAAAAAUCCAAACGAUUAUUUAUCAGAAGAUAUUUGUAAUUUAAGCAAUUUGAACAUUGAAUAUACAUGUCAGGCUUGUGAUGAAAAAAUAAUUCAGUUUUCAUGUUCAGGCGGGCAUUUAAAUAUGUUUUGUUGUCUCACAUUCACUCUAAUUGAAAGUGAUCAAUAUUUGACAUGCAAAGUAUGUGGUUCAACUGCUAGAAUAGAAUUGUUAGAAAAAAAUCCAUGUUGUCUCUUUUGCGAUUUUUAUUUAAAUACAUAA